ACUCGGCGGGACGCAGCGGCCACGCAGCUCCAGGCGGCCGAACAAGCGCGCUCCGGGGGGGCGCGAGUGGAGGCGGGAGCCGGGCUGCGAGUGGAGGAUAUCCCGCGGAAGGCACCGCGCGGGGCCGAGUGGAGACGGAGUGAUAUGGGCCACCGUCUGCCCGUGUGGUUGUGCGCCGUCGCGGCGCUGCUCUCAGGGGCGCAGGCCAAGGGCACCCCGCUCCUCGCACGGCCAGCACAGCCUAGUACCUCCCGCUACAGCCUCUACACGACCGGAUGGCGUCCGCGGCUGCGCCCGGGGCCGCACAAGUCCCUCUGUGCCUAUGUGGUGCACAGGAAUGUGACUUGCAUCCUCCAGGAGGGAGCGGAGAACUAUGUAAAGGCUGAGUACCGCCAGUGUGGGUGGGGACCCAACUGCCCCUCCACCAUCAGGUACCGCUCAGUGCUCAGACCCAGAUACAAGAUUGGCUACAAGACUGUGACAGAUCUGGCCUGGCGUUGCUGUCCUGGUCUUACUGGAGCAGGCUGUCCUGAACACCUCACAGACCAUGGAGCUACCCCACCACACCAAGAGCCGGAGCCUCAGACUCCCUUAGGGCAGCUGGGCCCAGGCCCCAGACCUUCCUCUUACAGCAGAGAGUCCCCAAGGCAUGGAAGAAAAGGCCAAGGGCUGUUUGGUGAGCGGCUACAACAGCUGGAGGGUGAUGUUCGGCGCCUGUCACAAGCAUAUGGCACUCUGAGUGGUUUGGUGGCCAGCCAGGAGGAUCCCAAUAGGAUUACUGGUGACCCCAGGGCUCCUGUUGCGCCUGUAGGCUUUGGGGUCAUCCCUGAGGGGCUGGUGGACCCAGAAGACAGAGGCAGAGGGCCACUCAUACCUCGUCUGGGUGAGAUCCUGAGCAAGGUCACAGAGGUGAGUAACACGUUACAGACCAAGGUGCAGCUCCUAGAUGAGGUGCACGGGCUGGCCCUCGGUCACGAGGCUCACCUGCAGCGGCUGCGGGAAGCCACACCAUCGCCACUGACCUCCCUGGCGCUGCUGGAGGAGUAUGUGGACCAGCGGCUACAACGACUCUGGGGGAGCUUGCUGGAUGGCUUUGAGCAGAAGCUGCAAGGUAUCCAAAGUGAGUGUGACCUGCGCGUGCAGGAGGUGCGGCAGCAGUGUGAGGAGGGCCAAGCAGCCAGCCAGCGCUUGCACCAGAGCCUUGAUGGCCGGGAGCUGGCCCUGCGUCGGGAGCUCUCACAGCUGGGCACUCAGCUGCAGGGCCUGACUCUGACUGGUGGGGGCAUCUGCUGCAGCCAACUGGCUUUGAUCAGUGCCCGUGUGGACAGCCUUGAGAGGAACCUGCAGGCUGUCACUGAGGCCCAAGGUGGCCUCAGCACCCUGGCUGCAGAUGAGCUUGCACGCCUCUCCGCUGCUAUGCUUCAGGGAGGUGUGGACGGGCUCCUUGAGGGCCUAGAGACCAUCAACGGGACGGAGAAUGGAGCAAGAGGCUGCUGUCUGAGAAUGGAGAUGGGGGGCUGGGGUGUCGGUGGCUUCGGGUCUAUGCUGGAAGAGCGAGUGCAGAACCUAGAGGAGCGCCUGGCAGCUCUGACAGGAGAGCCAAGCCACAACAGUGCCACACCAGACAGAUCAGCACGGCCCCUUGUGCAGACAGAGCUAGCCAUGCUGGAACAACGGCUGGUCAGCCUGGAGACCUCAUGCACCCCACGUACCAUCUCAGCCAUCCUGGACAACCUUGUGGCUGAGGUGAAGGCCUGGCAGAGCCAGACUGAGGCCCUCCUACACCAGGUGGCCAGUCACACCGCUCUGCUCCAACAACUCAACGGCACAGUUGCCGAAGUUCAGGGGCAGCUGGCAGAAGGGACAGGCAGCUCGCUCCAGGGAGAGAUCACUUUGCUGAAGGUCAACUUGAACUCAGUGAGCAAGUCACUCACAGGCCUCAGUGACUCUGUCAGCCAGUACUCUGAUGCCUUCUUGGCCGCCAACACAUCCCUGGAUGAACGAGAGCGAAGGGUAGAAGCCGAAGUCCACGCCAUCCAGGAACAGGUUAGUAGUCAAGGCUCACGGCUUCAGGCUGGCCACAAGCAGGUCCUCAACCUGCGGGGGGAGCUGGAAAAGCUCAAGGCUGGUGUGGCCAAUGUGGCUGGAGGGCUGAGCCGCUGCCGGGACACAGCCCAGGAACUCCAGCACACAGUGGGCCACUUUGACCAACGGGUGGCUCAAGUGGAGGGGGCAUAUGAGAGGCUGGGCUUGUUGGCUGCCCACCUGAACAGUUUGCCUCCUGAGCAGCUGAGGUCCCGGGAGAGCCUGUGGGGUCACAUAGACAAGCUGAACCACACGUUGGCCCAGCACACGCAGGACAUUGCCCGACUCCGGGACGACCUGCUGGACUGCAGAGCCCAGCUGGCUGAGGUGAGGCCAGGACAAGCUAACUAGGAUAGCUGGACAGAAUCUAAAGCCCAGAUCCCUCCAACCCUGGGGAUAUCAAUCAUUCCAGAGACCAACCCCACCCAGCAGCACCUUCCAGCCUUUCCUGGCCAUCCAGCGGCCACUGGAUGAAUGGCCUUGGUCCAGCUCAGCAUGACUGUCACAGCCAUUAAAGCCACCUUCUGUGCUGUAGACUGGACAAUUCAGGAUAAUAGUCAAGGCAGGUUACACAAGAUGCUGUCUCAGAAGAGCCAAGACAAACACGCAUGCCUGAAGAAAAAGGACUUCUGAGAUGGCACACAGCAAUGUCUGCACUUUCUCUUGCUGCAGACACACUGGAGUUAGCAACUGUGCAAAGCUUCCAGGCCAAGACUGACAAACCUGUCUGCUGUUUCCUUUACCGGCCAGGGACCAGUCACAGCCCUUGGAGUCAUCUCCUGCCUUGUCCCUUGGGCUUCCAUCCUUAGGUAUGUAAGGAGAUGAUGCCCACUGGACCUGUCUGGCAGCUUCAUAUGUGCUAUUUCUGAACAAAGACCAGAAGCCACCCAAGGUUUCCAACUCCCCACACAUUCUUCAGGACAGAACAAAAAGCCCAGCAGCCCAGCCGGUUCUCUGUAUUCCUUUUGAUCUUGCCUCAUAGUGAGGGUGUAGGCAGCUGUAGACUCCCAAAGAAAAGGGAUCCAAGCACUGUUUGGAGACCCAUCCCAAUCUAUCGUUUUUCUUUGAAUUCACAAAUACACCCACACGGUCCUCUCCAGGUAGAGGAAAAUUUCUCCCUGCCUCUCAGGUCAGUACCUCUGGCCAAGAGCAGCCUUGGAGUCUUGAGGCAGACCCUGAGAAAGGGGCUGUGGCUGGGUGAAUAGGAGUCCAAACCUUGCUUUUUAGCAUCCUAUCAACACCCAAGCCUUGCCAGGAGGUUCCCAAAUUGGGGUGAAGUUGAGGCAGGAAGCUGUCAAGAAACAGCUAGAAAACACAAGUGUUUAGAGACUGACCAUGUCUGCUGACCCCAGGCCUCAGUUUUCCCCUGGGCCUGCUGUGCUGUUUGUUUUCCCACACAGCCCUGUGUUCUGGCUUGUGGACAUUCAAGGUUGGUCCCCCACUCUGAUGUGGCUGGGAAGCAGGUUGGGAUUAAAUUUUUGAACUGA